CAGUGCCACCCCGAAGGUGCGGGGAGGGUCCCCGGCCGCGGAGCACGGGCGGUGGCUGAGACUCUCGAGAGUUCCGCCCCAGCCCGGUCCGGGCCGUGAAGACCCGCGAGGUCUCGCACCUCCUCUGUUCCCAAGCUCCCGCCACCUGGGGUCCGGGUGAGGCCUCUGGAGAGGCGUCCACUCCUGCGGAGAAGUCAGCCUUACCUUAGCGGUCCUCCCGCUGCACCAGACGGUUGGUGAUGGUGUCGCACAGGGCCAUGAUAUCAUCGUUGUCUAGCAGGCCGAGCAGGUUACGACAGCCCUCCAUCUCCGAGUAGCUGAGCCCCGACAUCUCGGCCCCCCAAAACGGGGGGAGGACAGGGGACGACCCAGCAACGUCGUCCCUUCGGGCCCACCAGGCCGGCGCCUAGGCAACAGACACCGGAAGUGCCUGGCCUGUUCGCUGCCAAUCCAAACCCCUGGGCGGAAGUGAUUGCCAACAAGGUCGGUCAGGGAAUGUGGUGUUCCGACUUGUCGUUCCGGGCUGGGCAGGACGGAGGGCCCUUCUACGGAUCUCACUUUAGGGACGUACCGCGUUUGCAUAGAGAACAGCGAUCUUACGCGAGGGAUCUGGUUGCGGAAAGGGAAACCCUGAACUCGUCAGGAAUCCAUCCUCCGGAAAAGCGGCUGGGAGGGCUGCGCAGGAGCAGAACGGACUGAAGAUAAUUCAGAAUACCCUCUACCAAAUGCCACCGGUGCCUCAGGACCACCCUCUCAGGAAGGGAUGGAGGACAAACGAUGGAUGCUUGAUAGUUUGCUCCCUUUGGAGGCAUUGUCUCUGCUCAUGACUUGUUUGUACCUACUCUUCGGCCUGAGAAGGCACCGAGCAGAAAAAAAGGAGCCUUCUGACACAGGAGGAAGAGAAGUUAACCUGGUUGAUAUUCCCCAGCCCUUUCGGAGUGAGGAAACUGCCGGGGAAUCAGGCAAAAUCCCGAAACACUGUCAUCAGAAACUGGUCCUUUAUGAUAAUGACCACUGGCUCUGGGUCCAGGAAGAGUCUGAAGCUUAUUCUAACCCAUGCCUGGAGGAAAACAAACAGGGCAUUGGUUAUGCUUCCUUGAACCAUUCUGACAUUGGAAUAAACCCAAGACAAGCAAGGAAUGUGAAAGAAGCACCUACAGAAUACACAGCCAUAUGUGUGAGGAGUUAAAUUCGAUCUUGAUCUCCAAGCAGUGAUCACUGAAUGAUCUGCAUGUUCACCCCAUUACUGAGCCCAACAAAAGGUCAAUUAAUAUUCCUUGACCUGAGAAGCUUCACUUUAGGGAGGUUCAUAUUGGUGCUUGGGUCUUAAGGGUCUAUAGGACAAAUUACUAAAAUCUCUCCCCCCAAAUUCUGAGGGAACUUUUUAUAUGAUCCCCUUGAACAACAACACAAAAACCCUUCCCUCCAAAACUAAGUGAUAUUAUGAGUAGCAGACUGGUAGGACACUUCAACUAAGCUACAUUUUACCCAAUGUAUAAAGUUAAUAUAUUUUUUGGAGGAUAAGAGACACAUGUAAGUAAGAGAGGUUUGUGUAAUCUGGAUCAGUUCACUACACUCUUUUGACAAUGAAGGAUGUCCCAAUUUGGCUAACUGACCAUCAACCCAGUAAUGAUAGAAUGUUUAUUUCUGGUCAUUCUUCUGUGAUGAGAAAUAUUCCUCUGUCCAUCCAACACUGGGUUUUUUUUUUUUUAAUGUAAAGAAGAAGUAAUUUUAGACUUGAUAUAAGAAAAGAAUGGAAAGCAUAAAUGGUUCAGUGAAGAUGGGGACUACACCAACUACUGCAGAGCAGACGCUCCCCGUACCUGACAUGCAAAUGGUUUUAGCUGCCCUGUUACAUUACUGAGCAAAUACAGGGAGUAAUAGAGCAAUUAAUGUGCGGUGCAUUUAUAAACAAAGCUGUGACUCAGUGCCUGGGUCACAUGGACUAGUGUAUAUGAAUGUGAUAUAAUGCUGCUGAAUUCAUAUACUCGUGGGUGUUUAAUAAACAUAAAAAUAAUUAUCAUUGA